UUUUAUUUUCCGUUGAAAUAGUUUCUAAAUUGAGCCAUUGAAUAAUUUAUUUUUUGUAAUCCUUUGUCAAAAUUCGAAAUUCUAUGUACAAAUGUCGUUCAACUUCAGCGCCAUGCAGUACGAGCGCGGCUUUCGCGCGAAGAGCGUCAGCAAUUGGGAAUAUCCGCGCUUCUUUGCGCCCCGUCCACGCAGCCUGAAGGGCAACUCGAAGCCCGUUGCCGAGAAGAACGGACAUCUGCUGGCCACAGCCGCCCGUGAGGGCAACUUUCUGGGCCAAUAUCGGGGCACAUAUCACCUGCCGUUGCGUAUCACGCGCAGCUUUGCCAGCUUGUACAAUCGCUGCCUGAGCGGCAGGCACAAGUAUUGGAAAUAUCCGCGCGAUCUGUGCUGUUGCCAGCGCGAGCGACCGCAUCCGUGUGAUCUGCAGAACACGCUGGGCAGAAAGGACGAUCCGGCCUGGCAGCGUCCCACGUGCCAGACCAAGUGUGAGGGCCUCAAGCAGAUGCUGGCCAUCAACGAGCUGCAUCUCAAGUGCAAGCGUACCAAGUGCCAGCCGAGGCCCAAUGAGAAACUGAUACCACGCGUCGGUGACGCCUCGUCACGGUUUCGAAAGAAGCUGCGCAAGCGUCCGGUCACCGCCUUCGAGUACAAUCGUCGGGGCACUGUUGCGCAAGAGGAGCCGACCUCCGAUAAGACCAAAGCGAAACAGAUCACAAAGGAUGCGGCCAAGGCACCGGCCGUAACUUUAAGUCAAACCAAGUCGACGGCCAAGUCAACCACCAAAGCGCCAACCAAAUCAAAGCCAACAUCCAAGUAAUGCUCUUUAAUUGGUUGAAUAACAGUUUCGGGCGAAAGACCUUUCAAUAAAUCCAUUGCACCCAUA